CCUACAUCCCAACUUUGAAAAAAGCUCCUGGGACCUGAAUUGUAGACCAUCAUUUUAAUCAGACAAACUGCUGCUGGAACAAGCUUCUCUUUGGGGUCACAAUGGCCACCCCAGGCAGGGAAACUUUAGGCCUCAUCCCAGGGAGUGCUGUGCUCCAGAAGCAGGAGCCAGGGAGCCAGACAUGGGGCCAAGCCUGCAGUCUCCAAAAGAACCACCCUCCUAUUUGUGAAAUUUUCCGGCUACACUUCAGGCAGUUGUACUACCAUGAGAUGUCUGGGCCCCAGGAGGCGCUGAGCCGGCUUCGGGAGCUCUGCCGCUGGUGGCUGAUGCCAGAGGUGCACACCAAGGAGCAGAUCCUGGAGCUGCUGGUGCUGGAGCAGUUCCUGAGCAUCCUCCCUAGCCAGCUCCGGACCUGGGUGCAGCUGCAUCACCCCAAGAGUGGCGAGGAAGCCGUGGCCGUGGUGGAGGAUUUCCAGAGACACCUCAGUGGAUCAGGAAAGGUUUCAGCUCCAGCACAGAAACAGGAAAUGCAUUUGGAGGAGAUGACAGCCUUGAGUGCAACAGAGGAAUCUCUUUCUACCUCACUCCUCAGUAACCGUUCAGCCCCUGGAGCCCACCUGGAGCCUCCUCAUGACCCAGGGGCAUACUGCCUCCCCAAUGGGCACUCCGCUCAUUGUGCUUCCCCAGUGUCUUCCCUUCCCCAAGUGAGGAACAUAGGAGACCAAGCAGCAGAAACUGUGCUUCAGAUGGUCAGGCCCCAGGGGUCUGCAGUGUACAAGUUCCUGUCUGUGGACUACACUGAACAGAAGUUGGAAGAUCCGUCACUGAGUCAGAGAGCCCCGUACCAGAACAUCAUGCUGGAAACGAACUGCAACAUGGCCUCACUGGGUGAGACUCAGAUGGAAAAUUCAGAGUUGCCUCCAAGGCAGGAAAUUUCCAAAGGAACAGAGUCAUCUGAUGGGACAUCAGGAGGCCUGUAUGGGGUGGUUCCUGGGGGACCAGAAGCUGGAAAUGCCUGUGAAGAUGCUUUAAUAAAGCUAGAAGCACAACCCUCAGAGGAGGAGGGGAGCAGACUAGAAAGUAAUUUCUUGGAAAGAACAUGUGAGGAUAAAAACAAAUCUACAGAAGAUGGAUGUGAUGAGUAUAAGGAUCUUGGGGAACGUAAGAAUCUGUCCUGUAGUCCUACAGAAUAUCAAGUUUUGAAGGCACAGAAAUUCUAUCAAUGUGAUGAAUGUGGCAGAGCUUUCAAUAGGAGUACACACCUCACUAACCAUCAGAGAAUCCACACUGGAGAGAAACCCUUUGUAUGUAAUGAGUGUGGCAAGGCCUUCAGGCAGACAUCUCAGCUCAUGGCUCAUCUCAGAACCCACACAGGGGAAAAGCCCUAUGAGUGCAGCAAGUGUGAAAAGACCUAUCGGCACAUGUCCAAUCUCAUUCAACACCAGAGGUUCCAUAAUGGAGAGAAACCAUAUAAAUGCAAUGAAUGUGGAAAAGCUUACAGUGUGAGUUACAAACUCUAUGACCACCUAAGAACCCAUACGGGGGAGAAGCCUUAUGAAUGCAUUAAGUGUGGAGCAGCCUUUUCUCGGAAUACAUAUCUUCUCCGACAUCAAGCACUUCACACUGGUAAGAAACCCUACAAGUGCAACGAGUGUGGGAAAGGUUUAUCUUCUAAAAGAGAUCUUAUUGACCAUCAGAGAAUUCACACUGGAGAAAAGCCUUUUGAGUGCAAUGAGUGUGGCAAGGCCUUUCGUCAGAAUAGUAAUCUUAUUCGACAUCAGAGACUUCACACAGGUGAAAAGCCCUAUAAAUGCAAUGAGUGUGGCAGAUCCUUCGGUCGAAAGUCACACCUCAUUGCACAUCAGAGAAUUCACACUGGGGAGAAACCCUAUGAAUGUAUUGAGUGUGGAAAAGCCUUCAGUCAGCUUUCUACUCUUAAUCACCACUAUCGAACUCACACUCGAGAGAAGCUCUGAGGUCUGGCUUCAUCAGGUUCUUGGGUGUAAGUUUCUAAGACACAGAGCAAGGAACUUUGAAUUAAGCUUUCUUUAUAAGAAGAAUAUUUACCCUGAUCCCCUCUUGGAACCAUUAAUUAAAGUGGACCAUUCCCUAAAUGCUGUCUGUUGGGUCAUGAAGGUGGAGAGUGGGAGGAACAAUGCAGUCCUUCACCACUAUUGGGGAAAGUGUAGCUACAGUUUCUUGUACUUGUUGGGUUUUCCUCUCUCUCUCUCCCACUCUUCCCUCCCUCCCUCCCUCCUUUCUUUCCCUCCCUCCUUCCUUCCUUGUUUCCCUCUCUUCUAUCUUUUUUCCUUCCUCCCUCUCUUCUCUCUUUCUCUUUCUUUCAAUGUUUAGAAAUGUAUCUCAUAUCUUCAGUAUGUACCCCAUGAUCAUACCAUGCUUUUCAAGAACAGAGAUUAUAUCUUUCUUAUUCUAUUCCACCUCUCCUAUUUUAUAAAGUUAUUCUCCAAGACUCUGAUUCAUUCUUUACUUUCUCUUGGCUGAAUACCUCCUUACCUACUUUUUUUGUUGUGUUAAUCCUCAUCAGAGGAAAUUUUUCUGUUGACUUAUUUAAGAGAGGAAGGGAGCCAGAGAGAGAGACAUCAAUGAUGAGAGAGAAUCAUGGAUCGGCUGCCUUCUGCACACCCCCCACUGGGGAUCGAGCCCACAACUCAGGCAUGUGCCCUUGACUGGAAUUGAACCUGGGACCCUUCAGUCUGCAGGCCGACGCUCUAUUCACUGAGCCAAACCAGCUAGGGCUCUGUUGACUUUUAGAGAGUGGAAGGGAGGGGGAGAGAAACACAGAGGUAAGCAUUAAUGGAGAGAGACUCGGUGAUUGGUUGGUUCCUGCAUGUGCCUGGACCAGGGCCGGGGAUCGAGCCUGCAACCGAGGUAUGUGCCCUCGAUCAGAGUCUAACCUAGGACCCUUCAGUUCGUGGGCUGGUGCUCUAUUCACUGAGCCAAACUGGCCAGG